AGGCUGGUCUCGAACUCCUGGCCUCAAGCAAUUCUCCUGCCUCAGGCUCCCAAAGUACUGAGAUGACAGGUGUGCUAAUAUUUUCAUGUGAGCCUCCCUGCGUCAUUUUAAUUUCAGGUUUUCCUGGUGUCUUUGCAAAAGCUCAGGAUCGGACUUUGUCAGCAAGGUGGGUCCCUCCUCUCGGCAUAGCAAGCUUGUUUCUACCCUGGUCCCGAGAACCUCAGAGGCUGAAGCUUGAGUCCCCACCUGAAGGUGUCCGCUUUUCCAGAACAGCAAGGAAGAACCAUGGCCCAGGGAUCACUGUCAUUCGGGGACGUGGCUGUGGGCUUCACCCGGAAAGAGUGGCAGCAGCUGGACCUGGAGCAGAGGGCCCUGUACCAGGAUGUGAUGCUGGAGAACUACAGCCACCUGCUCUCUGUGGGGUGUCAAGUCAGCAAACCAGCUGUGAUCUCCAGUUUGGAGCAGGGGAAGGAGCCAUGGAUGGAGGAGGAAGAGAUAAGGACGUGGAGCUUCCCAGAAGAAGUUUGGCAAGUUGCUACCCAGCCAGAUAGCCAACAGCAACACCAAGACCAACGUUUGAGCAAUACGGUCCUAGACAAGAAAGACUGGACCCGAAAUGAGCUUCAUGACUGUAACGAACUAGGAAAAAAACUCCAUCAGAACCCAAACCUCCUUCAGCAGGUCCGCACAUGUGACUUGUGCAGAAAGAGUUUGAUGUGUAACCUGGACUUCACUCCUAACGCCUACCUGGCGAGGAGGAGAUUUGAGUGCGACGGCCACGGAAACUUGUUCUCUAUUCGCAACUUGAAACUCCACCUUCAGGAGCGAAUCCACGCGGAGGUCACCAGUGUAGAAGUGCUUUAA